AUGGCCGAACGCAUCUUGAUGAACGAAUACAAGUCUCUGGUGAAGGAGAAGUGGCUAAACAUCGAAUUGAGCAACGAUGACAUAUUCAACUGGGACAUUGCUCUGAUCGUCCUAAACCCGGACUCACUUUACCACGGCGGCUACUUUAAAGGAAAAAUCACUUUCCCCAGAAACUACCCUUAUUCACCUCCACGUAAGGACCUCACCUUGCUGCCUAAAACCCCCCUUCCAGACAUAUCACGCGAGCAAAAGGGGGCCGGCGGUAGUUAUAAAGUGAACUGGAACGGAACAGGGCUGACAUCUGACUUUUGCCUACUUAUAGAAUUCAGAUUCACUCCAUCUCUCUGGCAUCCUAACAUCUACGACAACGGCUACGUAUGCAUCUCCAUCCUACACAAGCCCGGCGAGGACGAAAUGUCAGGGGAACUCGCGUCUGAACGCUGGUCGCCAGCCCAGCGAGUUGAGUCUGUCCUGAUCUCGAUUAUCUCCCUCCUCGACGACGCAGAAGUCAGCUCGCCUGCCAACGUCGAGGCCGGCGUGCAACUCCGCAGCAACCCAGCAGCCUACAAGAAGCGCGUCAAGGCUGAAGUUGAGCGAUCACUCAAGGACAUCCCAGACGGCUACGAGAUGCCUACCUCUCACGAGGCUAGCAUUGCACCUCCUACAAAACCCGUCGAAAGAGAUGAGGACUUCUGGGUCGAUAGCGGAGACGAGGAUUCCUUCGAGGAAAUGUUCGGUGGUAGCGACUCGGACUGCGAACUUGACGAUGACCAGGACACCGGGAGUGAGCCUGAGGCCGGCUCCCCAAUGUGA